CAUCACCUCCUACACCUACUUCUCAUUCAAACUUCACGUCAUCUAAGUGUCGCGACUUAGCUCGGCUGCACAUUGAAAUUGUCCUCCCCCCAAUUUUACCACGACUCGGUCGAUCACAGCCUCCUCCUUCGGCUUGCGAUGACCAGACCUGCACACGCUGGACAACAGAUGUGAAUGAGGUGAUGUCCUGCACCACGUUCACGUUAGGCCUGCCUCCACGCAAGUCAGACUUCCCUCGUGGCUGAUCCUGGAUCCAUCCUGCAUGCCUUUUGUCGUGUCUAGACACUCCUUGACCCAAGUGGCCAAAUGGUAUAUCGUGGCAAGCCCUCCGCUGGUUGCGAGAACUGCCGGAAAGCCAAGAAACGCUGUGAUUUGGAACAGCCGGCUUGCACGCGGUGCAUUAAGCUGAAGAAGCCUUGUGGUGGAUAUCGAGAUGUCAGCCAACUUCAGAUACAGGACGAAAGUCAGGCGGUCAUUCUCAAGGCUAACAGACAGAAACCGAGGACCCCGACUACGCCAGAGUCAGGUGUACUGGUACGCACGAAAUUGGACUAUGGUAUAGCAUCUCCCGGGACCAGUGUCGUGGCGACGCCGACAUACGAAGAUUGGUCAUCCAAAGAUGCUGCACCAAAUAAUCAUCACGAAACAACAAGUCCAGCGGUGAUCGUGUUCGACUCGACGGAAUGUGACGAUGGUCUCGGUGCACGCAACUACUUGCCCACAUUCACAAUGAAACCUAGCCCUGGCGAUCUAGGUACCACUUACUUUUUCUCGCAAUUCACCGCCGAAUCUGGACAUUGGCCGUUCCUUCGCAAUUAUGAGAAGAGGGCACUUCUCAACCCGGUUCUCGACUAUGCGAUCAAAGCCUGCGGACUUGCAGCCUUGGAUAAUGUGCACGGCAUCGAGAUGGGCCGUAGCUAUUCACUGAAAAUGUACUCACAGGCAAUUGGCAUGCUGAACGCUGCUCUGCGCGACCCUCGACAAAGCAAGACUGACGACAGUCUCAUUGCUGUGUCUAUGCUGGGUUAUUUUGAGAAUAUUACUUGCGACAGUCGAGAGUCAAUCGAGUCGUGGAAAGCUCAUAUUCGAGGUGCCACCCAGCUCCUCCAACUACGAGGAAAAGAUCAAUUCCUCAGUCCAAUUGGACGCAUGCUAUUCCGAGAGACACGCCAGCAAGUACUGAUCAGCUCUCUGUGGGACGACAUUGAACCUCCUGCGUUCUUAUGGGACUGGAAUGCAGAACUGCUCAAGCAGUCUGAGAAUCAACAAUGGAUCGAACCUGCAGAUCAUUUCACAUUUCUUGUGUUCGAAUUUGCGCGACUGCGGAGCCGAAUACGCCAGAAAAUGAUGUCAGACUUGGACGCAAUGGCUGCCGCGACUGGCAUCGAGAUGCGAAUGGAGCAGUGGUCCGUAGACCUCAUGGCCAACAAUCCGUUUUGGCGUUAUCGCGAAGUCGAGGUGCCAGAUAGUCCCAAUGUUUGGAAUGGUCUGGUGCACGUGUACAACGGCCAUCCAACCGCUAGUGUGUGGAGCACGUACAGAAACAUCCGUAUCAUGCUUACCAGGACUCAAGAACUCUUGAUAAGAAGGCUACACAUUAACGAGGAAGAACGUGAAAACCAGUUCAGAUAUCUCCGAAGUGUGAGGAGACAAAUGACUGACGACAUCUGUCAUGGUAUUCCUACGCAACUAGGUCACGCGCCGUUCAACAAUUCGCCCAACGUACUCAUUACAGGAUAUGGAUCCAUAUGGCCACUCUUUUUCGCAGGCACUUGUGCCCUCGAACGCAUCGGACCAGGUCUAUGGAGCACUGUCCUAAAAGAGUUCACGCCAAACGUGGAAGCCAGUACCUCCGCAGCCCUCGCGCAAGCGAUGUGGAUCAUCGGCCGCAUAGAGUACAUCUCCAAGAAAAUAGGUCUGCGGUGGUGCGACGGCGUGUUAGCCACACUUCGCGGUGAUUUCGCCAUGCACGAGGAACUUCUGCCGGAACGCGGAGAAAUUGAUGGCAAACAUGUGCACAGAUUCUGGCAAAACAGACUGGCCGAAAUUCGGCAGAGCAAGACUCCAGACUGGAUCAGACAAAUUCGGGAGUCAGGACGUGGUCCCAGAAUCACGAUGGAAGAGAACGCACCUCUCAGUACCGGAGUUUUGACCGGGUUAUACCCAGAAGGACUCUGGAAGGGCGACAUCCAAGUUGACGAAUCAAACAGGUACAGAUCGAACAGCAUGGAAAUUAGUAAUAUCAUACACAGUUGA